AUGGACGUUGGCACGUCCGUGUGGGUGUUCGACCGUGACAUGUGGCACGAAGCGGUUGUCGUAGCGCCUGUGGACGCGUCUACAGGUCGCGUGGAGUGCACUGUGGAGCCAGAAGUGACGAAGGACAAGGGAGGCGACGAUGCAGUUGUGGACUUUGAAGAAGCGCAGGAGAUGAUGGAGGCCAAUCGCACGAAUGCGGCGCGGCAGACCGUGUCCGUCUCGAUGGAGCUUGUGCUGCCACGCAAUCAGGGAGAGUGCUACCAUACGGUGCAGGACUUGACGAAGCUCGUGCAUCUGCAUGAGCCAGCUAUUUUACAGGUACUCAAGUGUCGAUUCCUUCAUGGAGAGAUCUAUACUAGCACUGGGCAGAUUCUCGUGGCUAUGAAUCCGUUCAGACGAUUAGCAUUGUACUCGGAUGACAUUAAAGACCAGUACUACAAUCUAGGGGGAGACGUAGAAGCAGAUAAGAGCUUUCUAGCACCACACGUGUAUUCGGUGGCCGAUCAGGCGUUUCGCACGAUGCUCGUGCCACAAUCGAGCGACAAGAAGACGGACCAGACGAUUCUUGUGAGUGGCGAAAGUGGUGCGGGGAAGACCGAGACGACAAAGCUUAUCAUGAAUUACUUGGCGUAUGUAUCAACGAAGCGCACCCGCCGCUCCAAUCGGCCAAAUGAUUGCGACCAAACGACAAUUCACGAUCGGGUUUUGGAGUCAAAUCCGAUUUUGGAGGCAUUUGGCAAUGCCAGAACCACGCGGAACAACAACUCUAGUCGCUUUGGCAAGUUUAUCAAGCUAGGAUUUACAUCAUCGGGUGAGAUGCUAGGUGCGUCUAUCUCCACGUACCUAUUAGAGCGCGUACGUCUCGUAUCACAGGGCAAAGGCGAGCGAAAUUACCACAUCUUUUACGAAAUGUGUGGCGGCAGUUCUCCAUCAGAGCGCCUGGAAUUGGCUUUGCAGGACGUCCACGAUUACGCGUAUUUAAGUCAGUCCGAGUGCUAUGAGCGUUUGGACGGUGUGAAUGACGCCGACUCUUAUCUCGUGACUCGGCGGGCCAUGUCGAGCCUAGGCAUGAGUCCUGAUGAGCAGCUCAGUGUGAUGAAGAUUGUUUCUGCUGUGCUGCACUUGGGCAAUGUACGUUUCACGACGGCCUCUCGUAACGGUGGAAAAGACGAUGCGUCCGCUGUGGACAUGGGUGAAUGUCGUGAUAACAUUCGAGCCAUUUGCUCGCUUCUUGGUGUGGAAGAGGACUUAUUACGAAGCACGUUAUGCACCAAGCAAAUUAAAGCUGGGGCAGAGUUCAUCACGACUCGCCUUCCAGUUGCGCAGGCACUUUCAACUCGGGACUCGGUGGUGAAGACGCUGUAUUCAAACCUUUUCAAUUGGCUUGUGGGUCGCAUCAACCGCAGCAUUGAGUACAAGGAAGAAGCGGGUCGUAGUCAGUUUAUUGGAGUUGUGGACAUUUUUGGUUUCGAGAUUUUUGAGCGGAACCGUCUUGAACAGUUGUGCAUAAAUUACGCCAACGAGAAGCUGCAGCAGCUUUUUGGCAGGUUUGUAUUUCGUAUGGAGCAAGAUCAGUACGUGGCAGAGGAGAUUCCCUGGAAAUUUGUGGACUACCCGAACAACGAUGUGUGUGUGGCGUUAGUGGAAAAGCGUCACAUGGGCAUUUUCUCUCUUCUGGAUGAGCAGUGUCUAAUUCCCCGUGGAAAUGACGAAAAGUUGGCUAACAAGUACUACGAGUGUCUGGCGGAUAAGCACGAAAGCUUUUCGGUGACGCGACUUCAGCGUGCUAAAGGUCAGUUUGUGAUUCGUCACUACGCAGGGAGUGUCUGCUACAUGACAGAUGGCUUCUGUGACAAGAAUAAAGAUCACAUGCAUACUGAGGCGAUGGAUUUGCUGCGCACAUCAAAGUUCUCUUUUGUGCGUGCUUGCUUCGAGAAUGCUGCCAGUAACGGCGGCUCUAGUCCGAGGAACGGUCGGACUGAGCUUCGCAAUAGCGACGGCAAUCGCCGCCGGUCCGGUGGCAUUUUAUCAUCCACGGUGGUGGCGCAGUUCAAGAGUCAGUUGAGCUCGCUCUUGGAAGUUCUGAAUGCGACGGAGCCACAUUUUAUCCGUUGUAUAAAGCCUAAUGACCAGGCGAGUGCGUCGCAGUUCGAACGAAGGCGUCUAUUGGAGCAGCUACGCUGCAGUGGUGUCCUGGAAGCAGUCAAGAUUUCUCGUAGCGGCUAUUCAGUGCGUUUCUCGCACGAUGUAUUUAUCAAAACAUACAGCUGCAUUUUGUCUCGAGUGCCUAAUGCACAGGGGCAGCUAGAGAAAGAGGUGGCCAUGCGAAUGGUGGACAAGUUGAUGGCAAUACUCAGUGUUGAAACGGAAAAGAAGCACCCUCCGUUUCAGGUGGGUAAGACUAAAGUCUUUUGCAUUCUUGAAGCUCAUCAAGCUUUGGAAGCAGCCCGGUCAAAGGCAUUGUACAAGUCUAUCAUUACGUUACAGCGAUAUUGUCUUGGCUAUAGUGUACGCUCUAAUUACCGGCGGAAGCGGCGAUCAUGCGUUCGGAUUCAGUCAAUCUGGCGCUCUUGGUCACACUGGCGUCGAUAUCAGCGCGUGAUCCGCCGUCAACGUGCUGUGGUAAAAGUACAAAGCACAAUUCGCGGUUACGCGGUGAGGAAGAUGGUGAAGCGUAUGCAAGCGGCUAUAGCGAUCCAGUCGUUUGUGCGCGGAUGGCUGGUCCGACGCGAGUAUACUGCCAACACAUUGAGCUUCGAGCAUGACGUUUCGUACGUGGGUUCCCUGGAUGAGCGAAGCACUACAGCGAGCUCAAUAUCUUUUUCGGAGUCAGUUGACAUGAAAGAUCGGAAGAACACGACGAUUUCGUUCCAGAGCUCAGGGUGUACAAGCGAUAACUCGGACAAUGACGGAAGUGUCAGUAUUCGGAGUAGUUCUCGUGCAUCACGGAAGAAAAUGAUCGACGAGUACGAGCCGCCAAAGCAUGUCCAGAACGAGUACAAGAUCGUGUGGGAGUGCGGUUUGCUCGGUUUGUACUUUGAAAGCGAUCCACUAUCCGGUAUGCCCAUUGUACGCCGUGUUCACGAAAGCUUGAGCAACUGUGCGGACAUAUUCGAGGUUUCUCGUGGUGACGUCCUUCUUGCUGUCGGGAAGGUGCGAGUAAAAAAAGGUGACAUCCGUCGCAUUUUGACGCUGCUCCAAGAAGUCCAAAAGCCAGUGCGGCUGCACUUCCUCCGCAACCCGACAGAAUCAUUUCGGCUACGAUCAGGCUCGCUCGAACUCUUGGGGGAAGAGGAUUACGAGGUGCUAUGGAAGGAAGGCGUGCCGCUUGGCCUUGGGUUUCGCCCAGAUCCGAGUACCGGAUACCCGUGCGUUCUUCAGUCCCAAGGCAAUCAGCUUCUGCCUGGCAUGUUUAAUGUGCGAGCAGGUGAUCACUUGGUGUUUAUUAACGAAUUCUCCACGCAGGGUGUGCGCUUUCAGAAGGUCAUUGACAUACUGGAAAGUGGACCUCGACCAGCAGUGCUGCGCUUCCGACAUACUGACCUCGCGGAAGACCCGAGCCAGCAGCAUGGCCAACCGCAUCUGCUAGACAGCUGCGUAUCGCCAAAUCCGCAGGACGAUUCCAACAUGAUGGGAAUGUCACGCAUGACGCAGUCAUGCCGUGUGAGCAUGAACCCGAAGAAUGAUCACUCACUGUAUUACAUUACGUGGAAAGAGGAGGACGGCCCGUUGGGUAUCGUUGUCAAGCAGGAGAGCACGAGCUACUACCCGCGUGUGAUUAAUGUGAAAAGCGAGGGCGCGGUUACGCGUGAGUCACAAAAGAACCGUGUGGAAAUCGGCGAUGUUUUGCUGAGUAUCAACAACAACAACAUCAGCAAGAUGGGCUUUGGUGCAGCGAUGAAGCUAUUGCAGAAGGGUCCCAAACCGCUUCUCCUCAUGUUCCAGCGGCCACCUACGUACAUGUCAACAACGCGGAGUUGCAAAUUGUAG